AUGUUCUCUAUUUUCCUCAAUAGCAAUAAUACAAAACCUGACCAUAAUUUGCUUGCAAAUUUUUACUCAACAGAUAAGCUUUUUUUCAACCAGUUCUCUUCUAAGCAACAGGGCAAAGUUCCCUUCCUUCUUCAGGACAGUUCCAAGUGAUGCUUUUCAAUCUCAGGGACUGGCACAGAUGGUCACACAUUUUGGAUGGACAUGGAUAGGUCUUGUUGCUGCUGACAAUGAUUAUGGCCAAGAGGGCAUUAAGAUCAUUAAGCAAGAAAUUGCAAAAUCUGGAGCUUGUGUGGCAUUCACAGAGUAUAUGCAGACCACCUACAGAGACAUCCCUAAGAUUGCCAAAAUAAUCAAGACCUCAACAGCUAAUGUUGUGGUGGUUUUCUCUACAGAUGUCUAUCUUAUUCCUUUAUUUGAUGAACUUUUGAAACUUAACACAACUGGGAAAGUCUUUGUAGCUAGCGAAGCUUGGUCUAUUACAAACGUACUCUCAAUAGAGAAGUAUUCUUCCAUCUUGUUGGGAACAAUUGGUUUUGCAUUUCGCAGCUCAAAGAUCCCAGGCUUCCAAACCUAUCUUAACAACAUUGACCCAUACAAUACUCCAGGUGCCUCUUGGGCCAACAUUUUCUGGGAAGAAGCUUUUGGAUGCACGUUACCUGACCAAAAGAUGAUUAAUGGAUCAAGGAAUGCAUUAAAUGUAUGUACUGGAGAUGAGGAACUUAAUAGCAUCCAUAAUCUUUAUAACGAUGUGUCAAGCCUGAGAGCAUCUUACAAUAUUUACACUGCUGUCUAUGUUAUAGCUCAAGCUCUUGAGGACCUUAUGUUUUGCAAUGAUGAGGAAGGAUCAUUUUCAAAGGGAAAGUGUGCAGAUAUUGGGAAAUUUAAAGCAUGGCAGGUAAAAGGCUGUCCAAAAAUGUUUUUUGUUUUUUUUUAG